AUGGCGUGGCUGGAGCGUGUUGGAGGCAUCCGCAUGCUGUCUCAGCUUCCUCCAGUUCGAGCUUUGGCGACACGAUCAACCCAUCCCACACAGCACCUGUUCCCAGAUCAUCUCGCAGCCCUGGUAGGCUAUCGCUGCCCAGAUGUGCCACGGACCGUUCUCAACUCACCAUUGGGAAAGUACCCGCUGGCUUUGGGUGGGGCGGGAGUGCGGCGAGCGAUACGCCGCGACCACCCUCAGUUCAAUUCGGUCUUGGACUUCUCAUCCUAUACGCCCUUGAAAUCACCUCUUCGGUACGCCAAAGGUGAUGCCAGCCACUUCCACAAGGCGGCUAUGCAGUACUUGUUCGACCAGAUCGAUCCGACUUCCUCCCAGCCUAUGGUGACGUUCCGUCACAACAAAGACCUGCUUGCCGACACUGCUGCGACCCUGUUCAAUGUCCUCCAGCCUGUAGGAAAGAUGGGGGCGGCUGCCACCACCAAGUCGCAGAGCUCCGUGACUCUGAUGAACGCUUUAGCCACCACGGGCGCCUUACUGUCAGAGUCAAAGCAUCGAUCAAGGACCUACCUGGAAGACGACGAGCGCGCCCUAGUGAGCGAGUUUGUGGUCGGAUUUGCCAAUGCGUUUCUGUCCCAACCGUCUUCCUCCCCGGCCUUUGGGUCCACCGAUUUUGCCCUUCUCCUCGGCUCAAAACAGAUCAAGCUGCACACCGCGGCAUGCCUCGAGCUGGCCCCACACGCCACAGGCGCUGUGGAGGCCAUUCAUCGUUCAGUGAGGGAGAGUCAUUACUCGAUCUCCUGGAAAGAUGAGGUUCCCAGCUACGCAAACUUUGAGGAUGGGCUAGAUAGGGGGUUGGACCUAGAGCUGGCCCUUCAUGAGGUCGUACGCGAGCUGCACGGGAACGAAACAGACACUCUUUGGUACGGCGGCAUGGACAAUGCCAUUCUGUUCAAGCUCGUCGCCCCCAACGUUAUCGACGUCUCUGAUCCUGUUCCGCGGUCUGGCACGACCGUGCAACUCUCUCGCAAGUUUCCAGGUGUCGGCAGAACCUUUACGAUGACCCUGCCCGCGGGGUUGAUAGCUGCGGCCUGCGACACACCUCCUUCACCAAGCCUCUUCGUGCCCACGCUUGCCCUGGACUGGUUCGAUAUCGGGCAGACCUUGUCCUCGACUACCACCACUACAGCAGACGCUGGUAGUCUCGGCCUGCUCGCCAACCCCGCUCCCUAUACCCCUUCUCCACCACUGCCAUUAUUGCCGUCUGGCCCCACGCUCAGCAUCACUCUGGAAUGCUUCGCUGGUGUCCGCUUGGCCUUUGAACUGGAUGCCAAUCGCCCCAUGGAGCUGAAGCCUGCCGUUCUCCCUAGUUCCUUGUCAAAGAGUACGCCAAACUUGACAACCACCCUCAACCGUCCGCUCCACUCGGGUAGGACGUACGAUGGCUACGCUGCGUCCUGGACGGGAGACUCCAACGACAAUGGUGCAGCCACUGGAGACGUCGUCGUAAAAGUUGCCCAACCAGCGUUCGACACGGGUCAAUACCAGGACUUUGAACCUACCGGAGUUUUGCCAACUGUCUCUCCGGAAGCGGCUCACGAUACCGCCUUGCGCGUAUACGCUGAGGCUGGUCUGCUCAAGUCGGUGCUCUCGGGACUGGGUGUCGCCCCACGCUUCCGAGGUCUAUGGGUGGGCAAUGGCCUCGGCCAGGAUCCUCCAACAGCCAGUGGCUUCUCCACGUAUCUCGUCAUGCUUCUCGACGACGCCGGUCCCAGUCUGCUGGAUCUAGGAUAUAAAUGGUCAACCCUGCCUGUGGAUACACGUACUCGGAUUCGCCAGCUUUACAAUACCAUUCACAAGUCCUUUGUGGUGCACGGAGACGUGGGCCUCAAACACAUCUGUCGCUCUGCCACCACGGGGGACUUGACUCUUAUCGACUUUGAAAAUGCCCAGUGUGUUGACCCGGUGACUGGCUCAACUGAGAUUGCGGAUGAAGCGGCCAGCGUCGAGGAGCUCCUCUCUAUAUAG